UUGAUAAAUAGGGGCUACACCCUAAUCCUCAUGUCUCAUGACAACAUCACGUCGCCUAAAUGCCCAUCAUGGUAUCUACAGUCCUCUAUCUCGCCUGCCUCUCAGCCCUCCAACUCCCCCUUUCGUCCGCCCAAAAAACCACCACCACCACCACCGUCCCAAUCCUAGACUGGGGCUUCGACUUCCCCGGCUCCGCCAUCUCAGUGAUCGGACAAACCUCCGGCUCAACAACCUACCGCCUGACAUGCAACUCCCCCGGCGAGUGUCAAUGGACGCAAGUCCCCGAUAGCGCUUCUUACCUGAAUAACAUGGUAGGCACCAUGACCUUCAUCGAAGCCGGCGCGCCUUACAACGCAGCCAUGACACAGAACAUCAGCGCAAGAGGGACCGCAUUCUCCUACCAGGCGACUUGCACGCCGAGAACAAAGCCCAUCACUAUUCAGACUACCGAUUCUGAGGGGAGGUUUACUGAUUUCCCUGUGAGGGCACCUAAUCUGGUGGAUUGCACAUCAACUUCGAUGGGGAAGGAGCCGACGCCGACGUUUGAGUUUGAUGGGACGACGGGGGUGUAUAAGAUGGUUGUUAUCACGCAGGGGGUGGAGAGAUUAGAUCUUGGCGCUGCGCCUACGGGGCUCAUCACGACCGGUGGGGUGCACGAGUCUCGGGAUGAAUCUUCUGGUUCAUCAUCUUCGUCGUCGUUUUCAUCUUCAACGGGCGCAACGGACGCUCCAGCGGCCAACACGCAAAUUCCAGACUCUGCUGGGGGUAAGCUUGUCACUUCCAGCCUUAGGAUGGCAGGCUUUGUUGUGCUCAUGACAGCACUGUUUGCUUGAUCAUGAUUUCAAUCUGGAUAGAGCUCUACCAAAUCAACUGGGAGUAGCCGGACAAACGAGCCACGUUCCUCACACCUUAUUAGCCCCAUCAUGUGUUUCGGCUUGUCUCUACCCAAACCUGUAUACAGCGAUAGUCUGCUUUCCCAUUGCGCUUAUGCAGUCCCUGUGAAAGAAAAAAAAUAACUAAAGUAACAGUGCC